AGAUUUCAAGUAAAAGAAGCGAUUUAAACACGAAGGUUUGUUCCUCUUGAAUAUCUCGGAGCUGGCAACACGAGCUCAGACGUUGUCACUCUUGGGUCGCUUUGGUUCGGUCGACGCAGCGAAGAUGGCGACCGCCUACGAACGAUACAAUUUACACACCACCCCUGAAAAGUUUUUCAUCGAAGCCUGCGAUGACGGGGCCGAUGCUGUCCUGGCUAUUGACAGGGUGUCAAAUGAGAUGACCCUCGCAAGUAAAAAGGACAUCCCUGCCUCAGCGGUGACCCGGCCAAUUUGUGGCAUCAUGGGGACCAUUCGCCUGGUUGCCGGGAUGUACCUGAUCGUCAUCACAAGGAAGAGAAAUGUGGGCAGCCUUCUGGGUCAUGCAGUUUGGAAAGCCGUGGAUUUUGAUAUCAUAUCUUACAAGAAGACAAUUUUGCAUCUGUCAGAGAUCCAGUCUCAGGAGAAUAAGACCUUCCUGUCCAUGUUAAAUAAUGUGCUGACGACAGACGGUUUCUACUUCUGCACUGAUUAUGACCUGACGCACACCCUUCAGCGGCUGGCCAAUACCAGCCCCGACUUCCAGGAGAUGAGCCUGCUAGAGAGGGCAGAUCAGAGGUUUGUGUGGAAUGCAAAUCUCCUCCGAGAGCUGGCAGCAGAGCCAGAGCUCCACCGGUUUGCUCUACCUAUUGUACACGGCUUCAUUGUCAUGAAACCGUGUCGUAUCAACGGGAAGAUCUUUGAGUGGAUCCUCAUAUCCCGGAGGAGCUGCUUCCGGGCUGGUGUCAGAUACUAUGUCAGAGGCAUUGACUCAGAAGGCCAUGCUGCUAACUUUGUCGAAACUGAGCAGAUUGUUUUAUACGAGGGAGCCAAGGCUUCCUUUGUGCAGACAAGAGGUUCGAUGCCUUUUUACUGGAGUCAAAGGCCCAACCUUAAAUACAAGCCUAAACCUAUUAUCAGCAAGACAACCAGUCACUUGGAUGGUUUCCAGAGGCAUUUCGACUCCCAGCUCCUGAUCUAUGGGAAACAAACGCUUCUUAACCUGGUGAAUCAGAAAGGCUCUGAAAAGCCACUUGAACAAGCAUUUGCCAAGAUGGUGGCCGGUGUGAACAACGGUAUGCUCAAUUAUAUCGCCUUUGACUUCCACAAAGAGUGCAGCCAGAUGAGAUGGGAUCGUCUCCAGAUCUUGGUGGAUGUUGUAGCUGAAACACAGGAUGAAUACAGUUACUUCAUGGUGAACCUGGAUGGAAGGGUACUAGCCCAGCAGAAAGGUGUCUUUCGUAGUAACUGUAUGGACUGCUUGGACAGAACCAAUGUCAUCCAGAGCCUUUUGGCACGACGCUCCUUGCAGUCUCAGCUCCAGAGGAUGGGUGUCCUAAACGUAGGACAGCGCCUUGAAGAACAGGCCGACUUUGAGAAGAUCUACAAAAAUGCAUGGGCUGACAAUGCCAAUGCAUGUGCUGUACAGUACGCAGGAACCGGUGCGUUAAAAACAGACUUCACAAGGACAGGGAAAAGAACCCACUGGGGAUUGUUGAUGGAUGGAUGGAACUCCAUGAUCCGCUAUUACAAAAACAACUUCUCUGACGGCUUUCGACAAGAUUCAAUUGACUUGUUUCUGGGCAAUUUUGUCAUCGAUGAAUCAGACGCCCCCGGUCCUCUGAGGGUGCAGAAAGACUGGAAGUUCCUCACGCUACCGAUCAUCAUGUUGGUGGCAUUCUCGAUGUGCAUUGUAUGUCUUCUGAUGGCUGGUGACACAUGGACAGAGACUUUCGCUUAUGUGAUGUUUUGGGGCGCUUGCAGUGCCAUUACAGCCACCAUCAUCCUCUUUAAUGGGCAAGACUUUGUGGAUGCCCCUAAACUAGUUCACAAAGAGAAGAUGGACUGAGUGAGUUACAUGUGCGCAUGUUAGGGUACACGAUAAUCAGCUCCAGUACCAGAUCAAGAUACCUUGCCGACGUUAUCCUUCUCCAUCCACAUAUGAAGACUAUACUAUCUGAUGUGGCCAUACUUCCCUGAAGAUGUUUCUUUGUGCGUUUACAGUGAUGAAAAUGUUGAUUAUGGCUAAUCUGUUCCCAAACGGAUGUGAUCAAAAUGGUAAUAUUUUGGGUCUCAUAAUUACUAACUUAAACCAGAUUUUCGUCACGACAACACACGUUUGGCUGUUUGGAAACUGUCUACUGUCACCUUAAACUGUUCCUGAAUUCUUCUAUCGCCUUCUUUUGUGUGUGUGUGUGUGUGUGUGUGUGUGUGUGUGUGUGUGUGUGUGUGUGUGUGUGUGUGUGUGUGUGUGUGUGUGUGAGAUCCUUCACUCUUCACAUGGGAUAGAGACCGACCCUUGCCGCAAAUUGUGAAACACUACAAUCACCACUACUCCCUAAAAGAGGUUGAAAUUGCACACAGAUGCCACACGAUGACGUCAAUUCACUCCUUUUGUGCAAUUCACACUCCUCAUCUCCGUGUCAAAUUCUUCCUUUGCCACCCAAAUGUCACCAGAUGACGCUAGACCAAUAGCAGUAUUGCUUUGGUUUCAUCUGGUGGCAUCUGGGACCUGAGUAUAAAACCGCAAAAUAGGAUCUGUCUCCCGCCUCUUAAAAAAAAAUUAAAAUAAUAAUAAUAACAAUAAAAAUAAUAAUAUCCUGGGUGUAGGUGAAACUGCGAAUUCCGAACCGCAAAUAUAUACGGGUUUUACCCACUGAGCUACUAAAACCGAAUAGCUUGGUCGGUCUUGGAACUAAAUUCUGCUGGUUGAAUGUCUUACUGAGUACAGUUCCAUCUAUAAAGCUUGUCAUGUUUAGUAAAAUAAAUACAUACAUAAAUAAAUAGCAUUGAAAGUUGACAUUACCGAAACAAGAUAAAUAUGCAUAGUAAUGGCUUUUAGAACACUAACUGUAACAUUUGUAUGAAACUGUUGCUUAUUUUACAAAAUACGCUAUCAAGAAAUAUUCAUUAAGCCAUUAGAAGCACUGAACCUUUUUUUUUUCCCCCUCAUCUUGACUUGCUAACCUGCUACGUCUAUCCUAAAGCCAUUCAUCACAAUUUGAAUAUUUCUAAGUGUCAUACGGGGAUACUGUGCAAUCUUCUAAAUAUUGGCAUUGGUUUAUUAACGGUUAUAAUCGAACACAAUUUUUUUUUUGUUUUGUUUUGCCCAAGCUAACUGUAUGUUUGCACAGAAGUGUUUUGUCAACAAUCCAUUGUCAUUUUUGAAAGAAAUCUACUCAUUUGCAUAUCUCCUUCACCUGGUAGCUUAUAUAAAUACGGAAUCUGCUUUGAACACCAAAAGAAUAGAAGGAGACUUAUUUAUCCCUUAUCAUUUGCACAAGACAACUUCAUGUCGUUGAAACCUGAAAUAAAGUUUCUGUUUAUAAUGUCUUGUUGACACACGUUGCAUAUAUGAUUGAUUGUCAAGAAUGUCUCUGUGUGAGGGUUUGUAUUUGCAGUCCUAUUGUGUGUUUUGUUUUGUAAUUAUAUUUGAAAUCUCAUAUAUACUUUAUACACAUAACUAAUAAUAAAUGAUAAAUAUUUUCAUAUACAGCAUUAAUAUAGCUUAGUGGUUCUAUGAUCCAACAGUGUUUGGUUCUGCUGCGAUUCGAUGUCUCAACAUAUUCGGUGGAGCUCGUGACUUCAAAAUGUCAACUUGAUCAUUCAUGGGAUAUUUAUGGUAUCACAAAUGUAUCUUGCCGUGGAUUUAUUAAUCUACAAUAUUUUGAAUCCAGCCGGAACGAUUUGUGAUUUUUCUCAGCAGCCGUUUCUAUUUUUAAAUUCCGUUCAGCUUCAUCAAUUUGUUUGUAUGACAUUAUUUAACAAUAAACUACUGUGAACU